AUGGUUUCCUUGCGCUGCAGCUGCAGCAGCAGCAGUAGCAGCAGCAGCGACUGUGAGGCUUCCAGGUACUUGGUAAUGCCUCCUCCUGCUGCUGAUGAAGACGAGACUCACGAGGCGUUCCGUAACACUCUAUUUCAGUCUCUAGGCAUUGAACUUUUCACGUGCGACGCUCCCCCUUCGUGCAGCACCCAGGCGGGAGUUACUGCUUCUCUUCCUGAUGGAAAUGCCAACAGCAAUGCAAAGAAGGGCCCGCUCAGGCUACUAAGGACCUGCUGCUGCCUCUGCGCCGACUGCAUCCGGGUGAACUGCGGCGUCUGGCUUGACGCCCUGCGCGUGCAGCAAGCAUCGGACAGCGAAUUGUAUUUCUUCCAGGCCCAUCUGCAGCGACCCCCAACCGUGGCAGACAAAAGUACGACUGGUUCUGCAGCAGCGGCAACACCAAGCGGUGGUGCGACAGUUCCAGCAACAGCUGAAAAUGCCGUUCCAGCAGCAGAAACAAGAAAGAGGAAGACAGGCGUUGACUGUUUUCGAAUGGCAAAAGGCAGAACACGAGGCACCAGAGAAGAGGCCUGGGGUCUCCUUGCUGGCUGCUCAGGGCCCUUCAGCUUCCGUCACUGCUUAACAACAAUGCAGCGGCCGCCGGAGAUGCUGCUGCGAAAUGCACAGGGAAAGUGGGAGCCAGAAGCAGCAGUAGCUGCAGCACACGCUGCUGCUGCUGCUGAUGCUUACGCGUCUCAGGCGCAGCGUCUGUUCGCUUUGUUUUGCGCCCCUGCAAACCAAGUGAGGCCAUACACCCCAGAGGAGCGGCAGACGGCAAUUCUCCGCAAUGCAGCCGCCGAUCUUCAGGCGUACGUACACCCCAAGGUCCAGGUGGCGUCAUUCAGUAGGGAGGGGAGAGGCCUCGUCGCAGCAGAAGACCUCAAGAGAGGAGAAGUGCUUCUGCGUGUUCCCACCUCAGCCCUCCUCAACGUGUACACGGCUCUGACGCAUCGCACGUUCUCCCCUCUCGCACAACUGCUGCUGGGGCUUCCCCCCGAAAGGCUGCUGCAGCAGGAAGCAGCAGCGCAGCAGCAGCAGCAGGAGCAGCAGCAGGAGCAGCAGCACCAGAACCCCCAGAAGCAGCAAAACAAGCCUGAGGAGCCUACGGAGGUGCAGCCUCUUGUUGACAGUGAUGUGGUUUUGUGUCUCUUUCUUUUGUUUCUUGCAUUCACUAAUGGCGAGCAGGGGGGCAGGGCCGUGCUGCGCUUCCUGCCUGCUGCCGGGGAGGCAGACGCUUCAGCCACAGCAGCGGCUGUGUGCGCGUCUUCUGCCGGCGAUCCAGCAGCAGCAGAAGCAGCAGCAGCAGCAGCAGCAGCAGCAGCUCAAAAGGAGGAACUGCUGCUGAUGGAUUCUGAAGGGCUCGUCGAGUUUCUCGGAGAUGCUGCCUUGGCGAGCGCCGUUAGCCGCUCUGAGGCCAAAUGCAAGAUGAUGCGGGAGCAGCUGCUGCCGCUGCUGCUGCAGACCUUCCCUCCUCCUGAAGGAAUGCAGCAGGGCGGCGGGGUGAUCUCCGCUUGCAGAGCAGCAGCAGCAGCAGCAGCAACAACAACCCCACCACAUGUGCUUCUAGAGGCUUGUACGCCAACGACGGGUGCGGUGGCAGCAGCAGCAUCAGCAGCAGCAGCAGCAGCAACCGCUCAAGCUGGUGCUGCCUGCGGGGCCCCUGCUGUUUCUUCUUCUUGCGAAGGAACACAUCUCCUCAGAGCCUUCUUAGCGCAGCUGAAUUACGCAGACUUCCUGUGGGCGCAUCUCGUCUUAGAGUCCCGUUCCUUUUCGCUUCCUCUGGGGCCCCUGGGGCCCCUUCAGGAGUUUCAGCCUGCAGGGGUUCCCCUCAUCAACCCCCCUGGGUACCGCAGCAAGGAGGCGUCAGUGGCCCCCACUGGGGAACCUUCAGGGGGGCCCUCGCGGGUGCAUAAAGGGGAGGAGAGUGAGGGGGAUAAUGAACAGGAAGAAGAAGAAGAGGCAGAGGAGCGUCGUGUGCCGUUUCUCCUAGAGCUCGUUGAGACGGGUGCAGCAGAAGGUUGCCGUUGUGUGAUGCUGCCUGUGGGGUUUAGUGGGGGCCCCCAGGGCGUUGAGGGGCCCCCCGGCUGUGCAGCGGCCCCUGCACAUUUUGUGCGUCUUCCUCUUCGUUGUGCUUCUUUUGUUCCUCUGGGGGAUUUGUUGAAUCAUGAUUUUCAUGCGCAAGUGCUAUCCCCUGUAAUUGAGGAAGAAGGCAAAAGCCUCUGCCUUCGCCUGGCCUGCGAUGUGCCCGCGGGGGCCCAGGUGUAUGUGCACUACGGGCCUCUUCAGUCUUGGCAGUUUCUUGCUUUCUUUGGAUUCUGUCCUUCUUCUUUCCCCCGCCUGCAACCACCGCAGAGAGAAACACACAGAGAAACAAUAGCUGAUAAAACAGACAGAGACGAAGAAUGGCAGUUCACAUCGGAAACCAGCGGUAACCCCGUGGAUUUCCUCACAGUGCAGGUUGCGGUGCCCGAAGACGACGGGGAAUACGAGCUGAAGGAGGGGCUGAUGGAGCUGCAGCAGCUGCCGCUGUGUGGCGUCUUUAGCACUGGCGCUGAGCCGCUGCGAAGAGAAAACAAAAGGCAGAACAGGCCAAUGCAGAUACACAAAAAGGAAAUAUUUUUUUACAGCAAUAUUACCUUCGAUUACACGAGAUAA